ACCAAAACGAUCGUCUAUGAAACGAACUUCCACUUUCGGACUCCUGUGUUAAUCUUCCCAAAGUAAAGGAACAACAAGAAGUGGUCAUCAAUGAAGAAAAUAUGGUUUACCGUACUGAGGCUUUUGAACAAUAUCAGAAGUUUGCUCAGAUGGAGCAGAAGAAAAAGCUAACAGAUCUCAAUGAGACAAGUGAAGAUGUUCUCAGCUUCCUACAAGGCAAACUGGAAACAUUAGAUGGUGCCAUCAAAGCUGCAAGAGAGCAUUAUUCUGGGGCUCAUGUGAAGGAGUCCAAGUCAGUAGCUGAUCAGAUACAAAGCCUCAAGAGAAGAACAUUUGGCAGAUCACUGAGUAAAACAAAGAGCCUCAUGCAAUACAGCAUUAGAAGCCAACUAGAUGACCUGCAUGAGUAUACUCCUUGGUUCAUGUACAUCAUAACACUGGCACAGUUAAUCUGCCUGGCAGUGACAUGCUACCUGCAUUCGUUUGCUCCCAUAGGCCUUCAACAAACAGUGAAACUCCAAGACGGCAUCAAAACAUUUCGGGGAACAGAAACGAUUGAUUCAUGGAUAAGUCCAAAUAUUUGGAUUGGUCCCCCACUCUCUGGCCUCAUUGAAAAGGGAGCAUUCCAUGCCCCCUGUUUACGUGAAGACUUAACGGUAAUCACCUAUUAUGCUAAACAAGAAUAUGACAGUGUUGGUACACUGGGGUGCUGUGAGAUGGCGCUGAGGAACACUGCAGGAACAACAACUGAGGAUGAAUGUUCAGACGCAACCUCAGGUGCAGGAGAUUGGAGGGAUGGUGUAACAUGCCGAGCCAGACCUCCAGGACAGAACAGUGUGGCUCACAUUUUGAAACCAUGUUGUCAUGGUUACAUGGGACAUUGUCUCCUAGCAACACAUGAACACUGCCUGUUUAUUGGAGGUCAAUUUCAAAAGAGAGCUGACCAUUGCAGCCAGGUGGAUUGUAUCUCCAUUUUGUGUGGAUUUGGUGGAUUCUCUAAGACAAAAGAUAAACCUUAUAAACCAGAAUCAAUCAACCAUUGGUGGAGGUUGUUCUUUGGCUUAUUACAUCAUCAUGGCAUUUUUCAUUGGUUGAUGGUGGCUGCAAUACAGCUUCUGAUUGGUCGACAGAUUGAGAAGCUGGCUGGUUGGUUGCGUAUUGCAAUCAUAUACAUCUUGAGUGGGGUGUUUGGCCUUUUGGUGGGGGCAAUAUUUAAUCCACAUCGUGCUCAAGUAGGAGGCGGUGCUGCCAUCUUUGGAUUACUAGGUGUACUACUUGUUGAACUCAUCCAAUCCUGGGAGCUUGUCGCAAACCGAUCAUUCGAACUUUUCAAACUCACCAACAUUUUUCUCUUACUUCUAUUCAUCUCAACUCUACCACCCCUCGACAACAUUAGUCACAUAGCUGGGACUAUUAUGGGAUGUUUAAGUGGAAUCAUACUUCUACCAUACAUUACAUUUAAUAGAUGGCAUGUGCGUAGGAAACGUAUAUUGAUCGGUGUGUUAUCCCCAUUGGUGUUCGGAAUGAUGUUUAUAGUGCUGUAUAUCUUCUAUAGUGUACAACCAGUGGAUAUAUGCCCCGGCUGUGAUUACAUAAAUUGUGUGCCAUAUUUCAUCGGGAUUUGUGAUUGAAAA